AUGCCAGCAGAUCGCCUGCUUGGCACCUUGCUGAGGGCGCUGCAGACCUACACUGAUCAGCAGGACACGCCGAGGCUCUUUGGAACUACAGCAUCACUUCUGACAACUCUCAACAACCCUUUGAAUGUCACACUGCUCACAAGUCAGAUCCUGUCGGCCCCAGCCAUCUGGGUCCGUCCCGAAGGACUGCGAACGUGUAUGCGAUGUUUGAGUGUUUUCCACCAGGCCGCACAAGCUCUUGUCAAGCACGAAAGGGCUCUUCUAGAGAAGGCUACAGACGAGGAAUUCACGAAACUCCAGCUUGAGCGAACUCUUCCCAAGGAUGACUGGAUCAAGGCGACCAUCAAUGGCGCCGAUGAGCAUUCUCCGCGAUGGCGGCAUCUAGUUGCUAUCGCUGGGUUACUACUAGGAUUCGGCCCAGCAGAAGAGGAGAACCUCUCACGUAGCAUGAGAAAUACUCUUGAAAGUGCACUCGUGACUGCCGCGAACCUCUCGCUUGAAGAGACUAUCGAGGAUGAUGAGCUUGGAUUUGAAACGAUUACACUGGUCCUCAACCACUGCUUUCCAUAUCUCUCCGAUCACGAGAGAUCAAGAAUUGACUAUGAUUCACUUCUCCCUGUACUGGUUCAAUCCACGCUGCACUCUAGGGAAGGCCUGCAAUCAGCAUAUUUCCUUGGGGCUAUCGACCGCGACGUGCUCGCUGGAGCCAACGGUCGGCUGCAAUGGAGCCAACAUUCAGGAUCGUAUCAGCAAAUACAAGCAAUGCUCUCAGGUCCUCUUGUCGGUUCUCUUGGACCUCUGGCGCGAUUAAUCGGGCAUUCGAUUGAGCAGGUCACAGAUCCUGCCCUAGUCACCGCAGUCCUUGACGACUUCGAGCUCUUCGCGCGGACGUUGAACACCCAGUGGCGACAAAAUAAACUGUCACAGGUCGAAAGCGCCGAACAGCAGGAAAAGCUGGAAGACGUAACGUUCAAAGUGACAGUCCCGACCUUGUGGAAAGUCCUUCAGCCCACACUCUUCGCAAGCGUCAUCAUGCUCCGAAGCGCAUUAGGCCGCGUCUUGAGCGAUGGUGUUCUCGCAAGCGAUGCGUUGGCACCUGUGAUUGCAAAGAAAUCGCUCCUCACGUUGCGAAGUCUUUACUUUAUCACAACUCGCCAAGGAUCGGCAACCUUCUCACAAUACAACUUUGUCAACUACACUGCAAUGGACAUCCUUGGGGUAUAUCCGCUCGAAGUGCAGUCCUUUCUGCGGGAUAUCCAGCCUGCGCAGCUCGGCCACGUGUCCGAACAUCCUCUGGACAGAUGCCUUGACUUGUUCUUCUUGAACACUGCAGAGCACUUCACGCUCGUGCUGCCUCCGAAAUUCAGCGAAGCUGUUCUCCUUCCAGUUGUACAAGCCUACCUGAGAGCUGGCGGCCAGGGACCACUUCUACCCAUCUUCGAAGCCGCCCACAGCGUCACGUUAGCUCUCUUUUCUGCGCCGCAGAAUGCCGAUGCGACUGUCCAGAACCUGCCCUUCUACGUCGACUCACUCUUCAAGGUCUUCCCCUCGAACCUCUCUGCCAGGCAAUUCCGACUCGCAUUCAAGACCUUGCUCAAACUCACCUCACCUCCCGCGCCACUGUCACUCUCCCAGCCAAUGAUGCCGGCCACCUUACUGGAACUGCUUCACGAACGUGCGCAGCAUGCUGAAACAACCCCCAUUCCGCUACACCCUGGCUCUCCCGAGGCCGCCGUGGAAACCCCAAUCCCACUUUCAGAGCAAGCAGUCCUCACACUAACAGUUUUGGACGGACUCACUCAAAUCCCGCUCGACCUGCUCGAUGAGUGGCUCCCGAUCACGGCAGACAUGAUCCACGAUGUUCAAGACCAUCACAUGAGAGAGCAUUGCAAGGAGUACUUCUGGCAGAUCCUAGUGGGCGGCGAGAUGGAUCCAGAGAGGGGUAGAGUGUGCCAUGCGUGGUGGAGUACGGGCGGAGGUAAAGAAUGGGUGCUAUAUGGUCGGGAGGAAGGAACUGUCAUGAGUGGUGGUGCUGGAGACGAGAAUGCGAGCAGGCUGUGA